CCAGACGAGAGAGAAAAAAAAUUUAAAUAAAGCAAAUAAUCCUUCAUCUUGAUUUCUAAAAGUAAAUAUGUAAAUAUAUCUGUAUUUUUCGUAGCUACACCAUAGUAAAAUCAAUAAAAAUUGGAAGUUUUAAGUUUAUUUAAAGGAAAGCUAUCAAUUGAAUAUACUUCAUUACAAACUGCCAUACAAUUAACAUUUCCUUGUGCGUUAGCUAAUUUACCACUACCACAUUAUUUAUCACUACUGUUAUCAUUGGACUUAUGUCGAGCUUGAGAUUCGAGGCAAAACAAUAAGCAUUGAAAAUGCGGUGUUGUGUCCCUUUCUGCAAAAAUACUUCGGACAAUGUAUCACCAACAGAGGCAGAAGGCAAGGAAAUCAGUUUUCAUGUUUUCCCGCGCGAAGUGCAUCUCCGUGCUGCCUGGCUCAGAGCCCUCGGGAAAAAAGACAACCUACCAGACUCUGCUGUGGUCUGCUCGCAGCAUUUUCUAAGUGAUGACAUUUAUGAAACAGAAAGUGGCUCAAAGAAAAUUCGUAUGGGUGCUAUUCCUUCGACGGUGCAGGUUUGCAUGAUAUGCCUAGACACUGACAGCAAGCUGUUACUAAUGAGUAAACACAAAUUGGAAGAAGCUUAUGAAAAGUUAACUGGACAGCCUUUGUGUGAUCAAGGAAACCUAAAGCAAACACUUUGCAUACAAUGUGCUCAGAGAUUGACAAACUUCAGUAGAUUUAGAGAUAUGAGCUUGAGAGCCCAUGCACUGAUGAUGGACUUAGUUGAGAAACAUGAAUUAAUAACAAGACGUACUAUUAAAAUGAUAAACCACACAAAACACCAAUUAAAGAGUAAUAUGGUGUUGACGACGCUAGGACCUGACCACUGUGACUUACACAUACUAGAACACCUUUCAGAAGACAAGCAAACAGAAUUAGAGGAAACCGGACACCAAGUUCUAGUGAAAACUGAAACUGAUGACUCUACGUCUGUUGACGAGGACACGGAAGUGAUAAAUGAAGAGGACAAUAAUGGACAUUGGACAUUGGACAUUGUCAAAAAUGAGUUUAUAACUUCGAAUGAUGAAAACAUAUCGGACUAUAGCAUUAUAUAUAUAAAACAUGUGUACAUGCGACGUAUGAGUGUGAUGCUUGAGGACGGUAACGGUGAUGGUGAAUGUGAGACGUCACAAGUAUGCAAGCCUCAUACAGCUGUGAGCCCCGGCUCUGCUCACUCUGCACUCAGCACUGAGAUCAAGCAGGCAGACCCCAGACCUUCUGCACAUUCUGCUCUGACCAUAGUCGCUCCUCUGCCCGCAAGUCUUUCGAAAAAUAACGAAAUGAAAGUGUCCCCAACUGAAGAAGCCGAUACACACGUCAGUUGCCAAUACAAAGGACUAACAGAUUGUGUUGUCAAAUUAUAUGAUGUUUUCUCAAAGACAGUUGUACCAAGACCGGACGAAACGCUGAAGGAAAUACGAAUACCUAGGUCUUGUGUCAGUCAGAACAUUGCGUCUAAAGAUAUCAGUUAUCCGGCUACAAGUCAGAAUAAACUCCCUACGACAGAAUCCCUUGAACCAGUCAUCAGUACACUAAAAGCUUCACAAAGUAAAACUGAUUGUUUGAAAAAUGUCAUUAAAAUACAAUGUAAUAAUUUGUUACAAAAUAUUACACACAUUGGUGAAAGGUGGUUCAUUUGUGACAUUUGUAGAAAGAUGUAUAAGCGAAAAAGUUUCUUAGUUAACCACAUAAAGACUCACACUGAAGUAAGACAGUUCACAUGCAAGAUUUGCCAGUACAAAUGUAAAUAUCAAUCUCUUUUGAAGAGGCAUAUGAGAACCCACACUGGUGAAAAACCAUUUACUUGUAAGUUAUGCAAUCACAAAUGUGCACAAAAUGACGCUCUCGUGAUGCACAUGAGAAUCCACACUGGUGAAAGACCUUUUUCAUGUAAGUUAUGCAAUUAUAAAUGUACAAAAAAUAGUGAUCUAGUGAGGCAUAUGAGAACGCACACUGGUGAAAAACCAUUUACUUGUAAGUUAUGCAAUCACAAAUGUGCACAAAAUGGCGCUCUCGUGAUACACAUGAGAAUGCACACUGGUGAAAGACCUUUUUCAUGUAAGUUAUGCAAUUACAAAUGUAUACAAAAUGGUGAUCUAGUGAGGCACAUGAGAACGCACACUGGUGAAAAACCAUUUUCUUGUAAGUUAUGCAAUUACAAAUGUACAACAAAUCGUGAUCUAGUGAGGCACUUUAGAAUCCACACUGGUGAAAGACCAUUUUUUUGUAACUUAUGCGAUUAUAAAUGUGCAGAAAAUGGUGAUCUAGUGAGGCACAUGAGAACGCACACUGGUGAAAAGCCAUAUUUCUGUAAGAUAUGCGAGUACAAAUGUGCAUGUAGAAGUAAUCUGAAGAGGCAUAUGAGAACUCACACUGCCGCUGGUGAAACGCCUUCAUCAAGUUCGUGAGCCGCACCCUUACUCCGCCACCGGAGAAUACUCAGGAGAUAAACUCUACAACAGACAGUGUGUGUAUUGGUGUAUGCUUUGUGUAUAGUAACUAGCCUGCUUUGAAAUGUACAGACAUAUUAAUAAAGGUACUAAUAAAUGAAAUUGAAGUGUC